AAAAAAAGUCGGCAGUUCCCUCGAUCAUGGACUCGCUGUGGACUGACGGCACGACGCCUGCCCCCGCCGUCGAACGCGGAAUAAUGAAAGGUGGAAUAGCUGUAGUGGAGAAGGCUGACUCUCCUUCGGUGCGGAAAAGCAUGAAGCGCAAAGCAGCAGACAGCCAGAACGAGGAUCAUACUAUGUGGAAGUACUUUCGCGGUCUGGUUCCGCGUGUCUUUCGACCUAUCGUGCAUGCGACGACCUCCGCCGGCUGCUUGGACCCCAUGUGGGUGUGCCACGAUGUCGUCGAGGACGCACAUGAAGACGAAGACGCCGUCGUAUCCAUUCCUCGACCACUGAGCCGCAUUCGGAACAUUCCAUCACAUGUCCGAGGGGAACCGAUCCAAAUCGGGUUUGGCGGGUGUGGUGGCUUCUACAAUUACCUUCUCGGCGUGGCAUCAAUCGUCCAGGAAAGGUUCGACUUGACAGACGCUGUGUUCUCUGGAGCGUCGGCCGGAUGCUUCCCUGCGCUCGUUCUCGCCAUGAACAAAAACGUGAACGACUUCUUCCAUGGGGCCAACUUGACACUGAUCCGCGACGCUGACAAGAAGACAUUCAUGGGAUGGCGCGAUUGGAUCCCACUCACCAAGCAACACACGCUUGCGCAGCUCGAACCCGACACGUAUUUGAAGCUCGAUAAGAAGUUCUACUGCAGCAUCACGCGCGUCCCGAGUCUUGAGAACGAGCUCGUUACGUCGUGGAGAGACAACGAGGACAUGGUUGACUGCAUGCUCACGUCUGGUCACGUGCCGCUGUACCACCCCGACUACCUCCGGACGUUCCGUGGCAACAAGUACAUUGACGGCAGCAUGUCCAACAAUGACCCGAUGCCGCUCGGGAACGUCGCACCGUCGCAUGUGUUUCACUUUUGGAAAUGGCGCAAGAUCUUGCCCCACUGGAUCCUCGUCUCGACGAAUGCAAACUGGGCAAACCAGCAGUUCGAAUGGGGUCGCGCCGACGCCCUCGCGCACCUCCAUGAAAUCGAGACGAUUUUGCAUUACAAGGAUGAUGACGAUGAACCGUAAUUUAGUGUAUUCAUGCAUGAGUGUCCUGGCAGUAUUGUCGCGAUCGAGACAUCAAUCAAAUCCCCAAGUUGUCGGUCAA